AUGUACCUGUUACGUGUGAUCCUGGUGUACUUGUACGCCAUCUUCUCCGCCUUGCCGUGGGUUCGAUUCCCCACGCCUGGCACCCUCCAAUACCCUCAGCUGAUCCUCACGCUGGGGAAUGUGUUUUCCUCUGCGCUUGAUAUGUCUGGCCCUACCACCCUCGCGCCCCUCUGGAUCCCUUAUCCACCGGACCCCCUCGCCAAAUGGGCCCCGUCCGGCAACCAUGGCUACUGGACCUUCGGCUCUGUCAACUCUUCAGUUGACGGACCCUUCCCCGACGUCGAGACUGAAGUGUUUUUUGGUCCGACAUUUGAGGAGCAUGCUGACUCCACGACAUUGUUUGAGUCGGCUGACACCACCGCGGACGCUGCCAACAACGAACAGGUCCCGCCCGCAGACCACAAUGACCCCAAGGCUGUCCAGCGCAAGGUCAUUCUGUGGUCUGCACUUUCGUUCAUUCUCCUUGUCGCAUCUGUUCUUCCCCGCGACACACCUCGACUGGCCAAGAGAUGGCUCGACAACAUCUCUGGCAAGUCUGCUCUGGAGGCUGACCAUGGCGCUCUGAGCGACGUUCUUCGUGAAUGGGUACGCGUUUACGACGAGCACCACGCUGCUCUGGCAAAGCAUGACGAGAAGUGGAACGCUCUCGUCAUAGACUCCGCUGCAUUAGACGACCGACCCCUCGAAGACCUA